AUGAGCCCGACUGUCAUGAAGAACGUAUCGAUGGCCCAUCGACUAGGAUCCUCUCGCGAAGAGGCGAAGGAUAAUCAGGAGUUUGCAACAGCCAAUGAAGUCGGACACUUUUUUCAAAAGCUCCUGUGGGUCGCUGGGCAAGAGCUGGAGAACCCGACGAGUGCGUCUUCUGAAGCAUUGAAAAGUUUUCUCGAAUCGAUCAAUAAAAACAAUCGAGCUUCUUUGAGAGGAUUCCUGAGAAAUUCCAGCUUAAGCACCGGUCCUGAAUCUGCGUACAAAGAAUUCAAGCGACGAUAUGAGCCCAUGGAUGUUAAUCAGGUGCUCUAUAUCAUCGACGAGGAGUUUCUGGUUAGAGAAGCCCGAAUUGUUACCACACCCGAUAGACCCCAGACAUCCGCAGAGAAAAUCAGGAUAAUUAUGAGCACAAUCCUCUGGAUGGACAACCUUUUCCCUUCGUGCGAAGGCAUGGUGUGGAAAAUGAGAUUCAUUAGCUUUCCCAUCUUCUCCCUCAAAGAAUCUCUCGACUGGCUCCGGAAGGUUCGUCAGCGCGGGUUCUUGACGGGGCACCAAUUGAGCGACCACGACAAAAACAUUCUCAAUAAACUUUGGAAUUGGUUUGACACACAUGAUCAGAGACCAGUUAAGUUAGCAUUUGCUAUGGCCAGCCACGGGAUGGUGAGAGAUGUGUUGAAUGAGAGAGGACAGUUGUCCCACAUCAUUGACGAUUUGAAUAAACUGAUUGGAAUGCCGGUGCGCCUAGGAAUAUAG